AUGCAGGUCUUCGUCGGGGCUGGUCAAUUGAGGGGCCCUCCCAACAGGGCACUAGUCGUAGUCGAAGUCGUAUACUCUGAAUCCGUUGACAGCUCUGGAGCGGCACGUGCUCGGUCCUCAGGGUCGGGCUUCGGCACGGGCGCGGCAAAUAGGGCGGGAUCUGCCGACGCCGAUCGUCCAGACCAAGGAUUCUUCAUCCCCGACGCAAUGGUCAGCUUCCGCUCCCACCACGGGGCACAGGAUUUCAACUACCUCCCUCCGCUUUGCCGCUGCAGUCCAACGCUGGGCCGCUCCUCGCUCCUCGUUGGCACACUCGCUCUACCGUACCGUACCGGUCAUACCCUCGAAAACUCUGCUCCGAGUCCGGAGUCCCGCACCGUCUCCACUGCCAGCAUGCUCUUCUCAUCCGCGGGCUCUUCACCCCGUCUCUCGCUAUUUCUAUCUCGCUAA